AUGGCAGAUUGGGCUUCGUGGAUGAAGUGGGUUUUCCCAUUCCCGCCUAAAGGUAUUGGAUCAUCUGGUAUAAUGCCGACAAAAGAUGCUGUUCAAUUCCUCUUAGUUCCAAGUUCCAACAUAAUUCGCUUUGCCGGAAUUUCGGGAGCAUUAGCUGUUUCAUUUUCUGCCUAUGGCGCACAUGCUCUAGAAUUCAAUAAAAUCAAUGAUAAAAGAAGGAUUCGGGCGUUUGAAGUCGGAUCGCGAUAUCAUAUAAUUCAUUCGGUAGCAAUACUGAGUUCACCGUUUGCUAGAUAUCCGUUAUUAACUGCAAGCCUUUUCACUGCUGGAAUAAUAUUUUUUUGUGGUAACUGCUAUUAUUAUAGUUUUACUGGUAAUGAAAUUGCACGAAAAUAUGUUCCUAUAGGUGGAACACUUUUCAUUAUUGCAUGGUUAUCGCUUAUCGCUUAA